AUGUCGACCCCCCUCAUUCUGCUUCCCGGCGAUGAAGUUCCAAAAGAUCAACUUCCACACUCCAAGUCCAACAACCCUCUCAAAGUAGGCCCUGGCCUCCGCCUGUUAUCACAACCUUCGGCGAAGCCUACCUCAUCAAAUCAUGUUCUUACGGCAACACAAGCUGGUAUUCUGACAACAGAUGCCAAGCGAAACAAUGUCUCCAUUCUCUCCUUCUCCAAUCGCCGUUACAUUCCCGCCAUGAACGACCUGGUCAUCGCGCAGGUCCACCACUCCAGUGUCGAUUUCUUCCACUGUAUUGUUACACCGCACACCGCACACGCACUACUGGGUCAAUUGUCGUUCGAGGGCGCAACAAAAAAGACAAGACCGCAGCUGAAGCAAGGCGAUCUGGUUUACGCACGGGUUCUGUCCGUUGGCGUUGGCGCUGGCGCUGAGGUCGAAAUUACUUGUGUGCAUCCGGCAACUGGAAAAGCCGAGCCGGGAGGUAUGGGGCCUUUGAACGGUGGCAUGAUGUUUGAUAUUUCCACAGGUAUGGCUACCCGAUUGCUUCGGGCUAGCUCUUCCUCUGCCGAUGAAACCGAGGGUGUGGAUGGUCUUGUUGUUCUUUCUGAGCUUGGGAAGAAACUCGAGAGCAUCGGAGGAUUUGAAUUGGCUGUUGGGCGCAAUGGGAAAGUCUGGGUGGACUGCUCGAAUGCUGGGGAAAACGAGGUCAAGGCUACAAUUGCCAUCGGGCAGUGUUUGCAAGGAACAGAUGAGCACAACCUGAACCCGACGGAUCAGAAGAAGCUGGUCACAAAAAUCCUUAAGGCCAUGAAGUUAUGA